GGGCUAGGUGCAUUGUUUCUGUUUUGUUUGUUUGUUUGUUUGUUUUUCUAUUGUUUCAGUUGUUUGCUUUUUACGAGACAUUACGACAGCUGCUGCAUCACCCAACAAAUAUGUCGGCCAAGAGCCUAUUCCGCUAAGCGCCUGUAGGCAUGCUAGACAUAUGUCACAGAUAGGGCGGAGAACCAAUGACGAUCGAAAAUUUUGUCAUAGAUACGAUUACAACUGUAACAGUACACUGUGAUUUGACAACAAAUCAAUAUUUUCCAGGUUGGGGAAAGAUUAAACAUCCAGGAGGUUCGCAUGACAUUCUUCAACAAGCUCAGAUGCCACCCGUUACAAAGGCAGCCUGUCAGAAAAAAUUGGCAUCGUCCCCGGCUGGAUCCAGCCUUAAAAUCACCGACAACAUGCUGUGCGCUGGCGUCAGCGGAACUAAUCUUAGUGGUUGUCAUGGAGAUAGCGGAGGUCCAUACGUAUGCCAGACUGCCGGAGGGAACUGGGUACUACAAGGCGCUGUUAGCUGGGGUUCUUCGCGAUGUUCUGCAGCAGAGCUGUACACGGUCUUUGCUCGUGUUGCCAAGUUCAGAAACUGGAUCGAUCAGAAGAUGAAGUCUUGAAGAAACAUUCUUGUAGAAUGUGAUGUUAUACAUGGGGAAAUUAAAGGAAUCUUAUCAUUAAAACUCG